CUCCGCUCUUCCGAUAUUUAUCACCCAACGGCUACGGCGUCCGUUCCGCCGUUAAAACCCGCGGAAGUCGACUUCCGCUCCUCUCCCUCUUCCCGGGAGGACCGGUCUCCGGGAGAAGAAAGAGAAGCGGAGGAGAAGGCCGGAGACCGGAGGGACCCGUUACGGGAGAAAGAGCGGAGUUGGUCUCUUCCGUCGGUGGCCUCCCCGGGAAAAACCCGGGAGUCGGCGCCUGCGCGGAAGGCGGCGGGCGGCCGUGGUCGGCCACCUCGGAUCCAGAGCCGAGUGGCCGUCGGAGCGCGCGGACGUCGGCCCCAGGGUGGAAUGUAGCGUAGAGGCCAUGAAGAAGCGGGCCGCUCCAUCGGACGACGGACCCUCCGCCGGGGCCGUUCCGGACGUGACGACCUCGACUCUGGUGGGCAUCUGCGUAGGAGGAUUGCUGUUCGUGGUGUCCGUGGCCGUGGUGGCUUACUUCUGCUACAAGAAGAGGGGCGAGCGACUGGGAUACAAACCGCGUUCGGAUCCGGAGAAGAACGCCCCCGACAAGCCCCUGGUGCCCAGAAAGCCGUCGGCGGUCAAGAGUCCCAACGGAGGUCCCGCCAGACCCGUUCUGAGGAAGAGCUCGGCACCGCCGGGUCCCGGAAACUUUCCCCCCGGGAGGCGCUGUCCUCCGGAGGACGGAGAGACCGAGAAGCGUGACCCCUGCAAAAACCCGGGACGAAACACGGAGGCCAAGCGGACGACGUCGUUUUCGGAGAACGAGAAGGACCGGAACGGAGAGAAGGACAACAGGGAGACGGAGAGGGAGGAGAACGAAAAGAACAAACUGGGCAAACUGCACUUCGAGUUGAAGUACGACGCCGAGAAGAACUCUCUGCUGGUGACCAUCUGCAAGUGCACCGACCUUCCUCCCAAAGACCGGAACGCCGGCACCUGCGACCCCUACGUCAAACUGCAGCUGCUGCCCGAGAAGCAGUACCGAGUCAAGACCAGGGUGCUGAGGAAGACCGUCGACCCCGUCUACGGCGAAGACUUCACCUUUUACGGAAUCGGCGCCGGUCAGCUGCGGGCCCUGACGCUGCAUUUCGUGGUGCUAGGUUUCGACCGCUAUUCCAGGGACGACGUCAUCGGCGAGGUGGUCCGUCCCCUGUCCGAGGUGGAGAUGGAGAAACUGAAGAAGCGCACCUCCUUCUGCGAAGAGAUCGCGCCCAGAAAUUGGAAGUUGAGGGCCCAAGGUCACGGGGAGCUGCUGGUGUCGCUGUGCCACCAACCCGCCUCCAACAGGUUGACCGUGGUGGUGCUGAAAGCGCGAAACUUGCCGAAAUUGGACGUCGCGGGACUGUGCGAUCCCUACGUGAAAAUAUAUCUGCUGUACAACAACCAGCGCAUCGCCAAGAAGAAGACCCACGUCAAGAAGCGCACCGUCAAUCCGGUGUUCAACGAGUCCUUUCUGUUCGAGGUGCCCUUCAACGAGGGACUGAGCCACGUGGGUCUGGAGUUUCUGCUACUGGACUGGGACCGCGUGACCAAGAACGAGGUGAUCGGCAGGCUGGAGAUGGGGCGCGGAGCCUCGGGCUCCGCCCUGGACCAUUGGCUGGAGGCGUGCUCGUCGCCCAGGAGACAGAUCGCCCAGUGGCACAAACUGGGGGAGUGACGCGCACGCUGUACGCACCGCCUUUCUUCACCGUCGGCCUUCGAACCUUCGGGAUCCAUCCGCCAACGUUUCGGUUUGGCUCGGGCGCGGAAGCCGGCUUCCGUCGUCCGUCGGAAAAUGCGGAAGGAAGAGGGCGCCCCGGAAGUCCGUUUCCCCGCGGUCCCCCGAGCGGCCGACCCUCACCGGUUUCCGAGCGCCCGAACGGAGUUUUCCGUAAACGCCGGGCGCGGCGCGCGAGCUAAAGUCUGGAGACCGCGGGGGCGGUCGGAGAUUUUUCGCCAACCGUUUUGGCAGCGAAAUCCGUCGGGCCCCGGAGGCGCGGAGCAGAAUUUUUCGUCUAGAUCUACUUUUGCCGGAAUAAAGGCCGAGUACGUAAAUAACCAGUGAAUUGGGAGAAAGAAACCGCCCAGCCCGGUGUUAUUUAUUUUUUUUAAACUUUCCGUUGUCAAUAAUUGUUUCGUACGUAAAAAGUGGAAACCUUUCCUCCAUAAAUUACUUCGAACCACGUUCAGUUAUUAAGGAAUGGAUAAGGAAGUUUUGGCAUAACUGCGAGCUUCGUUACACCUUAUUUUCCAAGUUUUAACAUCCGAUGCGCUUAAACGCAACCUACCGGCUAAUAAUAGGACGGUUUAAAACCUUACCAGAGGUUCUGCCACCGGCCGUUUUAAGCCCGGGCCGCGGGCCGAACAAAGACUUUGCUGUCGGCUCCGGCGCCGAUGGCCCGAUUCCUUUAGCCAAACGGGGCGGCGGGGAAUUUUCCGGGCCGGACCCCAAGCCGUUAUUGGAAACGACCGGCGCCGCCUGGCCGUCCUCCGCCUCGCGCGGCGGGCGCGCUCGACGUCGACGUCUCACUACCCGAAGUCCUUCUCGGUGGACGCCGCGUUCUCCGUACGUAACUAUCCGGACGCGUCUUUCCGAAUUCUCCCCGUUCCCCCUCCUCUUCCUCUCCGUUAACCGGCGGCCGGACGGCGGACCGAGUGCCGGGCCCGGUCGAAUCGGAUCCCGCGCGGACGCUUUCGUACGCGAGUGUUAAACGUUAAGAAAUAAAAGCCAACGUAUCGUGGAAUCUCGCCCUUGUCGUAAGUCUUAAAGCCCGGAUCCGCGGCGCGGCCUCCGUGGAUGGUGUUAUCACGUUCUAAUAAAGAUGUUUUAGUAUGUUUAUCGCGCCUGGUCGUCUUUCUUUCCCUCCGCUAAACAGGAAGGCGGAUCGACAAGCCUUCCGUUUCCCCGCGCGCGGACAACUCCCGCCGGUCGGCGGGAAAAGGCGCUUCUGGCGUUUAACUGGCUGCCGGAAGGGGAAGGAAAAUAAUUAAAAAGCAGAAAAUCGCCUCCUUAACGUCUUUCGGCCCGGUUUACCCACCGCUUUUCUUUCCUCGGUAAUUUCGCCCACCUGUCGAUUGGGAAAAGGGAUGGGUCUCUCCCGGACCGCGGCGGCGGGCCGGGAGAGUUCCCGGUGGAAAGGCGGAUCGGCCGCCUCCCGCGUCGCGUAAAGAAAAUACGGCGCGAAAUCGAUUAUGCCAAUUAAUUCGGACGCGCCGCGCGGGGAAAGAACAAAACAAUAACUUUAAGAUUUCUUCGUUAAUUUUUCGCCCAUAAAAUACUCCGGCAACAUUUAAAACCGCGCCGUCCGUUAGCGUAUUUUAUUAUUAAAACUUUUUAUAUUUUUAGUUAUUAUAAAAGGUCAAAAAGUUUAAUUUCCGGGGUAGGACGGGUUUUAUAAAAAAGACUAAACGCUAAUAACCGAGAAAACGGCCGUUGAGUCGCGCCCUUUAAUGGAGAUUUAAUCGCAUCCGUCCGUGGCGGCCGAAUUUGACAAAUCUUCCGGCAAAAGAACGGGAGUUAUUUAACUGGGAAGGGGGCGAAGAAGUUACCACUGCGGGAAAACGACGGCGUAAGGAAGGCUUUUCUGCGGGCGCCGCCGUUACUCCGGUCAAAAUGCUAUGGAAUGAAAAAGAAUCGAAGGUUAAGAACACGCCGACGACGGUAGACCGCCUAUCCCCAUUAAUCUUAAGGUUUUUCGGUUUUACGCCAGUGGCUACGCGGCGAUAAUUUUCGGUUAAGCCGGAACUUAUCGUUGGGUUUAGCUUAUUUUACGCUUUAACCAUUGGCCAAUGGCGCCCGCCAAGGAUUUCCCCAAACUUCGGCAACCGGGAAGCGACGUAAAUAGAUACCGUCUGCGUAACGUUUUUAUUUUAUAUUCGUGGCUUAAAUAAAAUAAAAAUCGGUAUCGACGUAGCGUAAUAUCUUAUAAUACGACGGAGACGGGCGG